AGACCGUCGACUAGUCUGAAUUUGUCAUCGUACAACUUUGAAGCGGUAAUUCUGAAAGCUCGAUUUGUAGUCUGACUGAAAUAAGCAGUUGCCACCCAAUUACCAUUCCAUUGUUUCUACAAUAAUAUCGCUCCGAGUCCCAAAUGACUGGCAUCGGUAUGCAGUUCGGUUUCCGCAGCGGGAUUAUAUAAUGUUAAUGUCGGAAACGAGAUAAAUUCUUUUAUUAGACGUUCGAAUGAUUCAAUAUACGACACGUCAAAGUUUCCGAUAGAACGACAAGAAUCUGGUCUACUAUUUCAGAAUGAGAAUGUCGUCGAUGUAGACAAUAAUUUUUUCGUCACGGAUAAGCGUAUCGAGGAUUUGUAUAAGACGCAUUUGGAAUUCCGCAGGAGCUUCCGAAAACAAUAGAACAUUUACUUGCACGUGUGGUUUGGCUCCAACCGAUCGUCGUCUUCUGCCACAACCAAUGCCACAGCAUCCGUGUCCUCAGAUACUGCCGUUACUGUCUGCACCAUCUGCUGCUGACGAGCGCCAGGAGUUCUUCUCCGCUGCCGUAAGGUUGGACAAUCGAUGUCUCUUCCCCUUGCAGAGGAAGCAGUAAUAUUCCUCAUUUUCUCCAGGAAUAUAUUCAGUAAAGUGUCCGCAAUGGAGAGCGCAGUGGCCCUUAAAGCACUCUGUGUCACCUCGCUUAUUAACAAGUGGAUGACGUCUCUGAGCCUCCGAACUUCGGAAUCUGGGAUACUAGCCACGUUACGGCACUUCCCGUCGACAGAUUCUCAGCGAACAGCAUCGACUGUAUUUUUUGGGCGGGUGAGGAUCGGCGAGGCGAUGGGACCCUGCUCAGAUCUCGGAUUUUCCGAUACGUUAUUCUCUGCGUGUAACAUUGAUGACGGUCUCCUCGUCAUGAUGCUAUUCGAUCUCAUUUGUUGCAGUACCUGGUUCAUAAAACUCUUGUUGACUUCUCUGCAUUUCUUUUUGUUGCAGGAGGAUCAUCUCGGCCAUCUGGGACAACACCUGUUGGAACACGGCCAUCGUUAACGGCUGCCCUGCUGCUGAUAUCUCCGCCGCUCCCUCGUGCUCUUCACGAGCAAACUCGGUUGAUCCGUGCUUCUGCAGAUGCGAUAAAAUCGCAUCGAUGAGGACUGUCUUAUCCUUCGACACUGGGAGGCGGAAUCGCUUCGCUUUCUUCUGGAGUUGCUUCAAGGUUGCUCUUUCGUAGAGUACCCGAUCCAUUGCCCGAGUUUUUGGCAUCGCUUUCGUCAGUGGACCACGCACUGCUCCAGAUUGCCGAACACCGAACCGACUUUUGCGCGAUUAACUUUUGUGCGAGUAGGCUGAAUCCUACUUCUGAUAUCCUAACAGCACAUGAUAUCAUACGAAUAUUCUAUAUUUAUACUAAACGUACUGUGAUACCAAAUAUACUAAGAUUAUUCGUAUAAAAUCUGUGUAGAAUAUCAUUUGUUGUAUAUUUUCAGGAUAUACUCAGACUAUAGCAAAUAAACUUUGCUAUAUAUAUUGAA